AAGCUUUGAGUUGAACACCGCUUCAACCAAUCUCCAAUUUUACGGCGACUUAUGGAAAACGGUAACCUCCACGCCGCCGCCGUGCUUCGCACCGACGACCGCAUCAAGCUCAACGUCGGAGGAAAGCUCUUCGAAACCACCUUAUCCACAAUCCAGGCCGGCGGCCCCGACUCUCUCCUAGCCGCCCUCGCGACCCGGACCUCAGACGACCCGGACCCUGUCUUCAUAGACCGCGACCCGGAGAUUUUCUCCGUCAUGCUCUCUCUCCUCCGCUCCGACGGCCUCCCUUCCACCGCUCGUCGAUUCGCCAAGCAAGAGCUCGCCGAUGAAGCUCUCUACUACGGCAUCGAGUCGCUGCUCAAGUCGGCGAUGCUGCCGCCGCCGCUGUCCGGAAUCGACGCCUCGAUUGUCACGACAGUACAGCCCGCCUCCGACGGCCUCCCCUCGGCGAUCACAGCCGGCACCGACGGCUCCGUUUGGAUCGCGCACGGCGGUCAAAUAUCCAGCUACGAUUGGAAUCUGAGCCACGCCGGAACGAUCCGGACUCAUUUGGAGGACAUCAACUCGAUUUGCCGAGUCUAUCCCGAAAUCGCCGCCGUAGGAUCCGAAACCGAUCCCGGACUCCACUUCUACGACUUCUCCGGCGUCCGAAACAUGGGGUCGAUCCACUGGACAGACCCGACCGACCCGAGAAUCUUCAAGGCCCGAGUCACGGCGGUUGCAAACUCGCCGAGCUCAGUCUUCGCCGGCUUCGACUGCCCGCACAGAGAGAACUGCAUCUUAGUGAUCGACAAGUCAACGCUCAAGAUCGUCGGCGAACUGAGCCGGCAAUCCGGAAACUCGGCGAAGAAUUUGGCUGUCGGAAAGCUGAAGUGGCUGCCGGAGAUGGGCUUGAUUGUUGGCAGCUCCGUCACUUCCGGCGCGUUUGGGUAUUCAGGUUAUAUCAGAAUGUGGGACCCGAGGUCGAAGGAGGUGGUUUGGGAGACGAACGAGCCAGGCUCGGGCCGGAGCAGUAGGUUCGGGGACUCGUUCGCGGAUGCCGACGCGAACAUUGAGGAGUCGACAUUGUUCAAGGUGUGUUCCAAGUCUGGAGAUUUGGCAAUGGCAGACCUGCGUAAUUUAGGGGAUGAUCCGUGGGUCUAUUUACAAGAUAAGAACCCAAGCAUGAGGACUAAAGGGUGUGUGAAUAGCAGUAGUAGUGUGGUUCAUUGUUAUGGAAACCAAACCUUUGUGGGGAGAGAUGGUGAAUUGGAGGUUUGGUCUAGGCUUCCGAAAGCCGAAAACAGGGUGGAUAGAGAGAGUGAGGUUUGUGAGGGAUUGUAUAGGAGGAAUUUUGUGGAUAAAGAGGAGGAUGCUCAGAGAGGGAUUAUAAAGAGAAUCGAAGGCGGUGGGAAUAGGCUGUUUGUUGUUAGAGAAGAUGUUGAAGGCAUUGAGGUUUGGGAGAGCUCUCAUUCUUCUGGUGCAGUUUCGGUUUUGUGAAGCAGAACUAGGCUCUGUAAUGUCCAUGUGUUACUGUACCAUAUUUGAAUUUGUGAGCAGUUGUUGACACAUGUGUGAGGUUUAGAUAUCUCAUUUACCUUCAGUAUGGCUCAAUUGUAACUGAUCCAAGUCACAUUUUCCUUUAUUCAUGCCAAAAGAGGAAAUGCCUUGAAAGCAAGUUGGCAAAUUAAUUUCAGAGUGUUAACUAUGAGCAAUUUACUUCCCUUUCAAUUAGCUGAUACUCUGGAUGGCUUGAAUUUUGUUGUAAGUGAGGAGGCAGUAAAACCAUUUUGGAACAAUUGCAGGCUGCUAACUGUUGGUAGGAAGGUGUUUUUCAAUAGAAAUACUAGCAGUACUUUGUAAAGCUAGAGGCACCUGUAUUUUCUGCGAGGAUGCUUGAACUGAAACAGAAAAUCCUAUUUGACAUGGGAUCAGAUCUGCUGUAAUAGGAUUAUCUGAUUAUCUGAUGCAUAAAUGAGAUUUGGAAGCUCAAGGUGAAAGUAGGCGUUUUUUAGGCAACUUGAACAGGUAUGGCUCUAUCUAGUUGAAGCCACAAAUAGCAGAGAGCCAUGGCCGACCUGCCUAGGGGUGUUUGUAUUUUGGGUGCCCCAACAAAUGUGGUGAUAGUAUUAUUAGUAUAGAUGAUUAGUACCCUGUUGAUGUUUUCUGGAUCCUCGGAUCUAUUGCGUCACGUUUCAACUCAUUUAAAAAAAAUUCUAAGACACAUAUCAUCCCAAAUCUUUUGUGUAAGGAUCAAACUUCUCCUCUUGAAAUCCAGGUGUGGUACAGAGCUACGAUUUUGUUGCCAAUCUUUACACAAAAUAUGGGAUCAGUGGGACCUUUGCAGUCACUGAAGUGGAAAGACCAAGGUCAUCAUGCACGUCAUUCCUAGCAUCGUCCCAUUAUCUGGUAAUUUUUGUUUUCUGCUGGAAGUCUGUUCUCUUGUCCGCCGAGUUCAGGAACUGCGACAUCUCCAUCUCAUGUCUGGGGAAACAAGAUCAAGGAAGAUAGCUGCACAGGUAUCACAUGUUAUUGCUUCUUUGUGGAUACUCUGGCCAUGUGUUCAAUAAGCCUGGUGUGAAACAUUUCGAUACAACUAUCCCCAUUUGUAUGCCUGCUCACACACGUUUCGCCUUGGAGAAUCGGAUAUCAGCCUUAUCUGCCAUUUUCACAAUCGGCUCUGAACCUCAAUAAGUAGCAAUAUGAUUGGUCCACGAAUGACUUAUUAAGAACAGGAAUGUUUAGUAAAAGAGGAGGCAAGCCAAGUAGCUACGAACUUCCAUGUACCAUAAAGCGGAGUUACUGGAUAGUAAUAGUGCAGAUGCGGUAGGACCUUGAAGCAUCAUCUAAUUAUCAAACCUCUGCGCGUUGCAUUCAACUGUUGAUGUAGAUUAUCACUUUCAUUUGCGAUGAGUAUAUCAUAAAGAUAGCAUGA